CACCCACCCCCGGGCACCCCCCCAGAAAACUAAACAGCCGCCGCCGCUGCUGCUCGCAACCUCUCUCUUACCUUCCCUACUACUCCCUCCCUCUUCCUGAUCCUCCAUCUCCGUCUCCGCCUCUUCCGAGCUCCUUUCUCUCCCUUAAUUGGGGACUCGCGGAUCCGAUCACGGCAGAACAAGAAGCACAAGAAGAAGAAGAAGCCUCGCCUCAGCUCACUUCCUUAUCAACUACCUGGCCGCCGCAGUCGUCGUCGUCUCCGUCGUCGCUCCAAACCUUCAAUCAACCGCGAAAGCAACCACACUGCACUACACCCCCCCGCGACCCACCAGCGCGACCUGACCGACAGACUCCUCGCUCGUCAUCCAUCGCGCUCCUCCAUCACAGCUUCGGUCUCCCGCUGGAACCUUGCUACCACCGACCGCGAACCCUGACUGUACCGCCACCGACCACGUUGCACAGCCGACCGUCUCCCGAAUCCACAUCAGCGAUGGCGCAGAACCAAGCUGUCAAUGUCAUCCGGAGGAAGCUUGUUAUUAUCGGCGAUGGUGCGUGCGGAAAGACCAGUCUUUUGAGCGUCUUCACACUGGGUUAUUUCCCAACACAUUAUGUCCCUACUGUCUUCGAGAACUAUGUGACGGAUUGCCGAGUGGACGGCAAGUCGGUGCAGUUGGCAUUAUGGGAUACGGCUGGUCAGGAAGAUUAUGAGCGGCUACGACCACUGGCAUAUGCCAAAGCGCACGUGAUCUUGAUCGGCUACGCCAUCGACAGUCCAGACUCACUCGAGAACGUCCAGAACAAGUGGAUAGAAGAAGCACAAGAGCGCUGCCCCGGCGUCCCCAUCAUCCUCGUGGGCCUCAAAAAAGACCUCCGCGAAGACCCCGCCGCUCGCGAGGAGAUGCGCAAGAAAUCGAUGCACUUCGUACAAGCGAGCUAUGCGGAGACAAUCGCCAAGCAGGUGGGCUCAAAGAAGUACCUGGAAUGUAGUUCCCUCACCGGCGAGGGCGUCGACGACGUAUUUGAGGCUGCCACCCGCGCUGCCCUGACAACUUUCGAUAAGGAGAAGAAUACCGGAUGCUGCGUUAUCCUAUAACCAUGCGGUUUUUUUGGGUUUUGUGUUUUGUGUUUUGUGUU